GCCGUCGUCGCACAGCGUGUCGCCAAAGCACCUGCGAGCACAUUCUAUCUCGACGAUGCCUUCUCGGACGGCGAGGACGUCGACCCAGUCGGCUUCGAGUUCUCCUCGGCGGCCAUACGAGCGGACCUUGUCCUUAACCUCGCUCCGUCCUACGAUGAGCGGGAGGAAGAGGACCUACAGGUGCACGACCCGGGCACUCCGUCCGCACAUACUCCUCCCGCCACCGACGCAUCCGUGUCUACGAUUGGCAUCAAUGCGGUACCAAGUCCUACCCAUGCUCCGUCGGAAUCUCAGUCGACUUCCUAUUAUACUGUUCCUUCACCACCUGAUUCAAACUCUACUCGUCAUUCGCCACCAGAACCGCCUUCUCGACAGCUUCCUCGGUCACCUACUCCGCCUCAGGAUGUACCCCCAGAUGUAAUAGAAGAGCAGUCGCCACAACGUACGUCUUCUCCAGAGAAGAGCCCGACGCCCGAGAUGGAGGAGGAGGACGAAAUUACAUCACCGGUCCAUGAGUAUCCCAUCGUCCACAUCGACGCUUCGGAACCACAGCCUGCAACAGUACUACCGGUCGUCGCAGAAGAUCCUUCUACUUCAUCACCUCCCCCUUCCGACGCCUCUCACUUAUCUGUCAUCCCGAACGGAGGUACACCAGGUAAAGACGGACCCUCGCCAAAGGCUGUCUCGACACCAUCUCUCCCCAUGCCUCCUCCUAGUCCCUCAACACCGCCUCGGCCAUCUUCGAGUCAUCGAACUACGCGUUCGCUAGGCCCAAGUGCGUUGGAGAAGGUCAUCAGUAAGACAAGGCCAACGUUUUUACCCCCUAAGAAUAGAGAAGAGGAUAAGAGGCACCUAGCAGAUUGGGAGCAUAUGAUGAAGCGUAGUCAUGCCGCUGAGGAACAGAGACGAAAGUCUUUGCAGGCCCGGCGAUUAGCUCGAGAACGCAAGGUUGAGGAGUCGCUACACUUAUGGGAAAGAGAGAUCGUACCCGACUGGCGAGUAGUCAACCGGAAUCCUGCUCUGAGGAAACUUUGGUGGAACGGGAUACCCACAAAGUUGCGCAGUACGUUAUGGGAGCGGGCUGUCGGAAAUCCUCUCGCAUUAAGCAAAGAUACUUACCGACUAUGUCUCGCUCGCGCGAAGCGUGCACUUGCCGCAGGAACGUUCCCAACAACUACUAUCGCACUCGUGGAAGAGGAUGUUGCCAGCACGCUUCCAUCUCUUCACAUAUUUCUGCCAGAAACGGGGCCUAUGUAUGAAGACCUCAAAGACAUGCUUUUUGCGUGGGUCGUCUCUCGUUCGGACGAAGGUCUGGGUUAUGUGAAGGGUGUGGCGAGGAUAGCCGCAAUGGUGCUUCUCAACAUGCCUGCGCCACAGGGGUUCAUCUUGAUGCGAAAUGUGCUCGAGCGACAUUGCAUGCGCGCGUUCUACGGGGGAAUGGCGACGAAAGAUGAUGUUGAAGCCUACUACAGAAUAUUUGACACCCUCUUAGCUGACGGGAUGCCCAAAAUCUACUUCAACUUUAAACAACACCAGAUAGGACCAUCCGCGUAUCUUCCGGGGUGGCUCGUUCCGCUGUUUUUGGAUCACCUCCCGUUCGAGGCUUGCGCUCGUGUGUGGGACGUGCUCCUCCUGGAGGGCGACGCUUUUCUGUAUAGGGCCGCGCUCGCGAUUCUCGCUGUCCUUGAACCGAGGCUGUUCUUCCCUGAUCGACAAGAGCUCUUGGAGCUUUUACGUGGCGAGAACAAAGCCGCGAUCGAAGUCGCAAAACGAGAAGGCCGACCCUUAGACGGCGGCAAGUAUGAGAUAUACGGCGUGGACGAGGAGACACUCUGGGACAGGAUCAUGAACAUGGAUGAUUGGUGGAAAGAGAGUACGUGGAAGAGACUGUUGCAGAGAGAGCUGCCGGAUCUGUGAUGAGUAAUUCUAACUCGGCCGCCCAUCGUUCAACAUCGACAACGCACGGACAAUUCUCGUACCGCACUGUUCCAGUUAUCGUUAAUUUGCCUGUUGUACUUCAAGAGCGCUUUUACUUAUUGGCAUUGUUACCUUCGUUCGUUCGUUCGUCGUCGUCGUAUGCGGCAUAUGACCACGGACUUUAGAUCUGUUUUCGUACAUAUUUAUUGAUCUCUCUUCACCGUC